UUUCAUCAGCAGCCCUUAUUAUCUUCAGGACGUGGCAUACGGAACAAGGAAGCUAAAGUUGUCGAAUGGAGAAGUAAUCGAAAUACCAAACAUGGUUCGGACUGUGAUAAAUUCAAGAAUGGUAAGGCUCUAUGAAUCAUAUUGCCAAGAAAAAGGCUUUACACCACUUGGACGAUCGACGCUCUUUUCCAUUUUAAAGGUAUGUGCAUCGUCUCAGAAGAAAAGUCUUGCAGGACUAGACAACACAGCGACUGAAGGAGCGUCAGCUUUUGACACCAUGGAAAURAUCAUACAUACCAUGGCAUCCCUCGGUUUAUCUGUUGAUCAUGCCAACAACUUCAUACAAAGGAUUCAAACAGCUAAGAGAUACCUGAAAGCUGAUUACAAACUCCAUGUAAUCGAGGAAAAUCCCUGUGCUGAUCAUUGUAUACGAUUCGCACUGUCUUCAAAUGAAAAUCAGUAUAAGUCAGAUUGUAAACAUGAUCAUGAUAUGCUAUGCGAUCGGUGUCAGGACUGCAGAGACGUCUGUGAAGAUAUAUUUUCCGAGCUCGACUCAAAGCCUAUUUCAUACAGGUAUAGUCAAAACUUUAUAUAACGAGCGCCUGUGUCU